CCACCACGGUGGAUUCCCCCUUCAGGCGCUCGCCUUUUGGUUCGGGUCCUUUUCUCCCCGGCACUUUGUCUCCGGCAUCCGCCGCCCGUGUGGCCGUGUCCCGUCCGGCGCGUGCGCGACAUGGUGCCUGCAUGCGGCGGCGACGGGCGUGGUCGCUCUCCUCUGUCACCUCUGUUGGGUUGCCUUGUCUUCUUGCUGUUGAUCUUCGCCGUCUGCGGCGCGGAGGCGCAGCUGCAGCCGCUGCCGGCGCUGGAGGUGGCGAGCUACAACUACACCUCGUUCGAUGAGGGCAACUCGCGGGAGUUGGCGGAGCUGGUGUACAGCAGGGAGGCCCGCAUCUCCCAGGGCGCGCUCCAGGUCACCCCGGACACCGCCAACCUCGUUGUCCGCGAUGAGAUCUUGGCCAACAAGUCCGGCUCCGUCCUCCUCCGCCGGCGCUUCACGCUGUGGCGCCGCGUCGACGGCGACAAAGGCGGCCAGCCCGCCGCCACCGCGGUGCCUCCGCAGCCGCGUGGUGGCACCGGCAACGCCAACGGCACGGCCCCGCGCGUCCAGGUCGUGUCGUUCAACACCACCUUCUCCAUCAACGUGUUCCAGCUCACCGCCCAGCGCCCCGGCGAGGGGCUCACCUUCGUGAUCGCGCCCUCCCGCGACGACCCGCCCCCCGGCAGCCACGGCGGCUACCUCGGCCUCACCAACGCGACGCUCCAGAAAGCCGGCCCGGCCGCGAACCGGUUCGUGGCCGUCGAGCUCGACACGUUCAAGCAGGUCCACGACCCCGACGACAACCACGUCGGCCUCGACGUCGGCUCCGUCGUGUCCAGCAAGACGGCGAGCCUCAACGACCUCAGGAUCGCCACGAACGUGACCACCGCCACCAACUACACGGUCUGGAUCCAGUACGACGGCGUGGCGCGGCACAUCUCGGUGUUCUUCAACGUCAGGGGCAGGCCGAAGCCGUCGUCCCCUGUCCUCGAGUCGCCGCUGGACCUCAGCGAGCACGUCCCGGAGACGGCGUACCUCGGCUUCUCGGCGUCCACCGGCACCAGCUUCCAGCUCAACUGCAUCCUCGACUGGAGCCUGUCGAUCGAGGUCAUCCCCGACAAGAAGAGCAACACGUGGCUGAUCGUCGUCGCCGUCGUCGUGCCCGUCAGCCUCGCCGCCGUCGCCGUCGCCGCCUUCUUCCUGACCAAGAGGCUGCGGGCGAGGCGGUCCAUGGAGAGGCGGCAGGAGCGUCUGGGGCACGAGCUGAACAACCUCCCCGGGAUGCCCAGGGUGUUCGAGUACGACAAGCUCAGGAAGGCCACCAGGAACUUCGACGAGCGGCUGCAGCUGGGGAAAGGCGGGUACGGCAUGGUGUACAAGGGGGUGGUCCCCGCCGACGACGGCCGGCCGGAGGCGACGAUGGAGGUCGCCGUGAAGAGGUUCAUCCGGGGCGACAGCAGGGGCGUCAGUGACUUCCUCGCCGAGGUCCAGAUCAUCAACCGGCUGCGACACAAGAACAUCGUCCCUCUCAUUGGUUGGUGCUACAAGAAAGGUCAGUUGCUGCUGGUGUACGAGUACAUGCCCAACGGCAGCCUGGACCAGCACCUGUUCCGGCGGGGCGUGCACGAGCAGCGGCCCGCGCUGAGCUGGGAGAGCCGCUACGCCAUCGUCCGCGACGUCGCGGCGGGGCUCCACUACGUCCACCACGAGCACACCCACAUGGUGCUCCACCGCGACAUCAAGGCCAGCAACGUCCUCCUCGACGCCUCCUUCCGCGCCCGCCUCGGCGACUUCGGCCUGGCGCGCGUCCUCGAGCACGACCGCAACUCCUUCACCGACCUCAACGUCGCCGGCACGCGCGGCUUCAUCGCGCCCGAGUACUCCGUCGGCCACAAGGCCUCCCGGCAGACGGACGUGUUCGCCUUCGGCGCGCUGGUGCUGGAGGUGGUGACGGGGCAGUACGCGCUGCGCACCCAGGACCUGAGGUGCCCGCUGCUGACGGACUGGGUGUGGCAGAUGCACGGGCGCGGCGCGCUGCUGGGGGCGGUGGACCAAGGCCUCGGCACCGCCGGGUUCGACCACGACGAGGCCGGGCGGCUGCUGCAGCUGGCGCUGGCGUGCAGCAGCCCGAACCCCGGGGACCGGCCGACCAUGCCGGAGGUGCUGCAGGUGCUGAACAAGGCCUCGCCGCCACCGGAGGUGCCGCCGUUCAAGCCGCAGUUCGUGUGGCCGCCGGAGGGGGGAGCGCACUUCGACCUCGGCGACAUCGAGUUGUCUGUGACGACAAACAGGACGACCGGCAAUGGCGCGUCGUCGACGGCGAUGGCCACGCAGGACACGGCGCCCAACAGCAGCGAGGGUUACUUCCCCGUCCUCUCUUCCGGCCGCUGAUCGAGGGCUUGCACUGUGUGCAUAAACACCGUAAUCUUGGCCUCACGUAUAUGCAUUUGGCCAUGAAAUGUAAAUAUAGAUGUAUAUGUCGAAUUCGUAAGGGCACUUGGUAGGUACAUACAGGGGACCUUGAUCUCUGUUUCUGGCAGCAGAUCAAGGAUGAAGUUAGAGUGUGUUUUGGCUUGUCAGAAAUUUUAGAAUUGUACAGCCAGAGCUCUUCAAAAUAUAUCACUUGAAUAAUAAAGGGCUUUCAUUCAUCUUUGGUUA